AUGGUGGUCGAGCGAUGGCAAGAAUUGUUCAAUAAUACGAUAGUCCCAUCAUCUCGUAACGAUACCGAAGAAUUGAAUGUUAUUUUACUGAACCCUAUCAUCCAUACUGAUUCCAGCAACAACAACAAUAAUAAUUCAACACUAAAUUGUAAUGUUAUACUUCCGCAAUCAACCCCUUCAAGUCUUGCAUGGAAGAAAUUAAUUGUUUCCGGAAUGAACACUCAACAAAACAAUGAUUCUGAUCUCUACAUUUCAUGCUCGAAUGGAUUUGUCAUGUUAUCAGAGACGUACCAAUGGGUGGAAUUGAAAAAUGUGCGUUUGUGGAAUAUGUCUUUUGUGUUUUCUUUGAAUGCAAAAACUUUAAAUUUCAUUGACGAGAAAGUGAGAACCCUUGUAACAUUGUCGGAAAGCAGAAUUGAGAAUGUGAAACAUUUAUUCUAUGGAGCUUCCAAUGGAGAAGUUAAUUAUCCACGCUUACAAAUUUACUAUUCAAAUGUGAUCGAUAGCACGAUGGAAUGUGGGCAUCAUUGUUCGGUUAUCAGUACGAGUAUUCAGCGAAGAAUGUCCUCUGUACGUGACGAUAUGCUUGAAUCGGACUUUGUGCUGAAUGAUGUUUUUGCAUAUUUUAAUGACGUGCAUUUUAGAUUGGUUUAUGACGUACCAAUCAAGAACAAUUCAGUUCCAUCAUCAUGCUCAGAUUCAGUUGGAAAACAUGCUUUCAUUUCUGGCAUCAGUACAAAGUCUAUCACAAUGAUUAGCUCGUCCAUGGUGAGUGAUAAUCAGUGUGUAGUUUCCAGUGGUGUAUGCUCUGGAUACUCGACCAUUAAUUGUUUUGGUUGCAACCAUUUUUCCAUGCGCAACACCACCAUGGACACCGUAGGAAAUGUCGUUUACAAAACCAUUGCUAGCAAUUCAGAAAUACGAUCUGGAUUUUAUUUUGUUGACGUAGAGUUAAGAAACACUAAAUGCAGCCACAUUGCAGUUCAAGGAGCCACGAAUGUUUAUAUUUCAAGUUCAAACUUUGUAGACAAUUUGAGCGUUGACGGGUGGCCAAUACUGGAAAUAUCAGAUGCAGACACUGUGGAAAUCAAGAAUGCAAACUUUACCAAUAAUGAUGGUGGAGCCUUGUUUUUACAAAACAUUGGAAAUGUGAAAAUUCAGGACUCUAUUUUCAACAAAAUGAAUGGACCAGCAAUUAGAUACCUUGAUAUUCAGCAAUAUUCAUCUCUUGAUUUGAAUGCUUUUUUAAUUUCAAACAGUGUAUUUUCUAACAAUUAUGCACAACAUGGUGCAGCAAUUAAUUCCAAUAGCUUGGGUGUGACAAUACUGAAUUGUACUUUUUAUGGAAACAUAGUAUCACGUCACGGUGGGUCUAUUUAUAUUAUUGAGCAAAGUGAAAACUCAAACAAGAUGAUGGUCAUUAAUAAUACUCGAUUUUUAGAUGGCAAAAAUCUUUCUCCAUCAAGCUUUGGAGGAUUCAUUUACGCUAGUUCUGAAGUUGGAAGUGUUUCCAUGUAUAACUCGACAUUUACUCAUGCUGAGAGUGAAGAUAGUGGUGGCUGCAUUUAUUUGGAUGUACCCUCGAUCGUUUUGCGCUCAGUAUCGGCCUCGACAUGCUAUUCAAAAUAUGAUGGAGGAGGAAUAUUCUUUGAGAAAGGUACCAUUGUCAUGGAACACUCCAAAGUGAGUUAUUGUAAAAGUGAUGGAUAUGGAGGUGCCUUAUAUAUGAAGGCCGGAGUGUAUGCCUUUAUUUCACAGUCUACCUUUGAGUUUUCGCAUUCGGUUCAAGGCAGAGCCGGAGGAUUGUAUGGCGAAAGGAAGACUGGACUUACCAUUGACAAUUGUUUAUUCAACUCAAACACGGCAACCAUAAGAGGAGCGGCUAUUUAUCAUUCGAGAGGAAAUGAUUUGACUAUUACGAACUCACGAUUUGUUAGAAACCGAGUUUACUACAGUUCAGAGAGCUCGUAUGCUGAGCAAGGGCCAUCAGGAGCAGCCAUAUUCUCCUACCAGUUGAGGAACUUCCUCAUGACUAAUUCAACCUUUGAAGAAAAUUCUAUUGAGCAUAAUCCUGAAAUGGAGGGUCGAGGAGGCGCCCUUCUAUUGACUCCAUCGGUCUCAUCGACACAUCUUUCAAAUGUUACUUUUAUCAAAAAUUCGGCAGAAUCUGGAGGAGCUCUCUACAUUUAUAAUUUAGAUUUUCCAUCCUCAAAAUUUUCAUUAGAUAAUUUAAGAUUUAUUGGUAAUCGUGCCAUACGACAAGGAGGAGCAAUUUUCCUUGUCAAUACUGUCAGCACGGCCAUUGCAGAUCAGUGUAAGAAAUCAUAUUUCGACGAUAAUUAUGCCAAUCUGUAUGGAGAUAAUUAUGCCUCCACUCCAAAACUGUUGACGCUCGCAAACAAUGGGUGGAUGCCAGAACAGCUGUUUUAUCAGUUCCCUCUUGACAUGAUUAGAGAUUGGCUUGUGGAUAGCAAGGUUUUUAAGGACGAACCAAAAAUUCUUUACUCUGGUCAAAAAUUGUCUCUCAAAAUCGAUGCUUACGAUUUAUUUAACGAAAGAAUGGAAAAUAUUAGAAAUGUAGAUAUUGAUUUAAUUUUGACCUCUUCUCUGAAUUCCACAUCAAAAGAAGGCAAAGUCUAUUACGCUACAACAUUCUCAAAUGACACGGCAACAUUUUCUAACAUUACCAUCUAUGGAAAUCUGAACUCAACCUUGUAUUUGUACUUUUCCUGCAAGAGUGUAAUUCAAGAAUUUAACAUUCCAGUACAAAUACAUCCAUAUUGUCCAGUGUUUUACAAUUAUGACAUUACUGAAUGCACACCCAACUACAAUGUGCAAAGUGUAUUUUUGAUUAUUAUUGGAUCAGUCGUUGCUUUUGUUUUCACAUUUAUUGUUUUAUUGACUGGUUGUUGCUAUUAUUUCUUGAGAAAGAAGUUGAAAGAAUUGAAACGAAGAGAACAAGCGGAGGAGGACUUACAACGUCGCCUAUUGCAAUAUCAAUUAAUUUCCUCGAAGAAUAGUCUGAAAGAAUCUCACACAACCAUUUCAUCGGCGACUCAAGAAAAAACCUGGGUCAUUAAACCUGAAGACCUCAAGAUAAAAGAAAGAAUUGGUCAGGGAGGAGAAUCUGUCAUCUUUAAAGCGACAUGGAUGAAUAAUGUUGUUGCAGUUAAAAGAAUUCAAAUUGACACGUCUGCUCUUGAGGAAGAUGAUGAAGUGAAGACGGAAACUAUUAAUACGACAUUUGAAAAAGAAGCAUAUAUUUUGAGCACUCUUCGUUUCCCAAAUAUUGUAACAUUUUAUGGAAUUGCCAUUACUCCGAGCGAUCGAUUCAUUGUUAUAGAAUACUGUUCUGGAGGAAAUUUAAGAAAAAAGAUACAUGAAAGUAAGAAGAAGAAACAUCCAUUAAGCAUAGCUCAAAAAUUGAAUUAUCUGUUAGACAUUUCCUAUGGUAUGAAAUAUUUGCACUCAUUGGAUCCUCCACUCAUUCAUCGUGAUCUUAAACCUGAAAAUAUUCUCAUUGCUGAGAAUAAUGUUUGCAAAAUUUGUGACUUUGGUUUGGGAAGAGAAUUCUCAUCAGAGGCUACCACAAUCAUGACCAGUCAAAUUGGUACUCCCACUUAUAUUGCUCCAGAAAUUAUAUUGGACCAACAUUAUACAGAAAAAUGUGACGUUUAUAGUUUUUCUAUCAUAAUGUGGGAAUUACUUUUUGAGGAGAAGGCAUUCAGUAAGGAAAGUUUUGAUGUCAUGCGAGAAUUUAUGGAAAAUCACAAAGAUCUCAUCUCUCCUAAACCCUAUGAACCCAUUGAUUUAGGAAAGGAUACGAAUAUUGACGACAGAGAGUUAGGAACAAGUACAGAAAAAGUGAGAUUAUUGGACGUGGAUGAAGCUGCUACUCAAGUACCGUCAUCACAACAAGAAGAUGCUGCCACUCAGGAGUACUUCAAUUCAUUCAACGUGCCUAGUUUUAACAUGUUGUCCAUGACCAAGGAAAUUGUCAAUGGGCUAAGACCAAUUAUUCCAUUCAGAAUUAAGAAAACCUUUAGUAUUCAAUCAAAUUCAGAUAUCAAUGAGAGUAUAAGUUCUUCCUCAAGAAAAUUUCUACAACUGGAUCCCUUAUUGAAACAAUAUGUGCGGGAGUUUCUGCUUGAGAAGGAAAAGGGAACGAGUUUCUUUUCUUCCACGAAGAAUAUGGAAACAAAAGUUUGUUUAAUUGUAAAGGAAUAUUGUGAGUUAAUGAUUCAAUGUUGGGAUGAGGAUGCAAAGAGACCAAGUUUUUCAGAGAUUUGUGAACACUUGUCGAAUUGUGCCAAACUCCUGUCUUAA